CUGUACCCAACUAGCGUGUGUGUGUAACAGUGAAAUAGCAUAAUGGAAAUGUAGGAAACGAAUAGUGUAAAAAUAACGUAAAUCUUUAAAAGAAAACAUGACAAGCCGAACAAAUUUCAAAAACACACGUAUGAAUUACAGGGCACAAAAUGAUUCACCUGAACCAAAAGGAACAAAACCAACACGCGAAGCUUCAUCAAUUCAAGAAGUACUAACUCUAAUGAUAGUGCACAUUUGUAAGAAGAUACUUUUCUUUGACACAAAUUUAAAAAUAGCACUGUAUUUGGGUGCUCUUUUUCUUUUAUCACUAAUUGCUGAUGUGCUCACUUUUCCAAAAUCUUAUUUCUCGAGAAGUGAUAAUUUUUUUAAUCAAUAUUUCGUCAAAAUUGGGUGGUUUUGGACAUUAGUUAUCACCGUGCCUUACGUUUUAUUAACAUCGUAUACGACAUGUUGCGGGAAAAGACGGAUGAUUGCCACCGCUCACAUGGUUAGAUUAUUAAUUGCCACUGUGUUUUGGUGGGGAUGGACUACACUUUUCAAUGUUAUUGAAAAUAAUUAUGGACGGUGUAAUUCAAAAUCAUAUGAUAACAAAAUUACAUGUCUGAAAAAUGGAUCAUUUUGGAAUGGGUUUGACAUAUCAGGUCAUUGUUUUAUUUUAAUAUAUUCAAGUUUAGUUUUAAUAGAAGAAGCCAGAGCAAUAAAUGGAUGGGAGCGCAUUAAAGAUUACAUCAGAGAUGAAAGAUACUCACGGAGUAUUGAUGACAAAGCAAUCAGUACAAACCCACUUAAAAAUAUAAGUAGUGAAGAAUUGGAGAUUUUAAAACGAUCUUAUGAGAAAUUUACACCUUACGUAAGAGGACUUUUUAUUGGCAUUGCUGCAUUACAAUUACUAUGGGAUGUUAUGCUUGUUUCAACUAUACUCUAUUACCAUAUUAUGGUAGAAAAGUUCAUCAGUGGAGUAAUAGCCAUAUUGACAUGGUUUGUAACGUACAGGGUCUGGUACACCUUUCCAUAUAUUUUACCAAAUAAACCUGGGCAAGGUGUCUUUAAAUACAAUAAAGGAAAAGCACAGGCACCAACUCCGGUAUACCUUAAAAGGAUGAGUUCUGUAAAUGGCAAGCAUUUUAUGGGUAUGCCUAUCAAAAACCAAAAUAGUGUUGAUUCUACAAAUCAAGAUGACACUUAAUGAUAUUCAAUUCCAAUUAUGGAUUUUUUGUGUAAAUUGGAAAAAUGGUUUGGGAAAUACCUAAUUAAGCUUGAGAAUUGUGAUUUUGUGAAUGUUCAUUACAAGGAAGGGGCUUUUAUUGCUGUAAAUGGACUGGAAUAAUUAUAAAUGAAAAUAUAUUUAAAAUCUGAGGUGGACAGUUUCAAAUUACAACACUAGUGACUUAUGAAUAAAAACGGAUUCAAUUUAUUGAUUACUCUCCUUAAUACAUUUUUGUUAAUGAACAUUGGUUUGGUUUAGAAUACUUGAACUUAUUCUGUACUCUGCUAGUUGUGCUGCACUGACAGCCCUAGAUCUUCAAAAAGCAGUUCUGUGAUUGCUUUUUGAAGAGCGGUACAAUAGUCAAUAAUACAAUAUACGACAGAAUUCAUGUUCAUGUGUCAACUCUGAGAAUUACUUAACAUGUUAAGCUUUAUGUCACCCUGUACAGUAAAAUCUUUUAUAAUUUACUUGAUU